UAUUGUUGAACCGAGCUUUGAUGCAGGUAAAAGGUGUGACAAUCUAACAAGUAAGAGGUGAUGAAGGAGUAUCAACCCAUACCCUAUGCCAUUCAGGGCUAGAGACUAGCUAUUCACAGAUAUUUUUCUGGCUAAUUAUGUGUACAGAUUCCUGGGGUGCACAGAAAUUAUGUAAUCACCCAGCUGACCUCUGGUGGGCAGUAUUCAGUCCACACUUUGGAAAAACUGAUUGAGAAUAUUGGUCACAUAAGAGACCUCACUGUUGGCAAGAUUAUCGGGCAGCCUGAAAGGGGUGACAUAGUUGGUGACUGGUGGACUGCAUUUGAUGAUAGUAAUGUAAACAUGAAUUCUUGGGAAGGAAACAGUAAUUGGUCACCAAAUAGACAGUACAGCUACAGUGAGAAGGUCACUCCCCCUAUCAAGAAUACAAACCCGGUGAAUUUGCAAAGAAGUAAAGAUAUGUGGUCAUCAGACAAAUCUGGCAGUGUUAGACAUAUUACCACACCAAGUCAUUAUCAGAAUGGGACUACCACCAACAAUUCUUUGCUCCCAGCUUCAAACCGUCCUUGGCCUGACCCCAAUAGAAUGCAGCAAUAUAUUUCCACAAUGGACAGGGUACCUUUGGAAACACUGAAGGCAUUACAUACUGUUGCACAGGAACGAUCAAAGGUGGCUAAGUUACAGUAUGAAUGGAUCAAUGGUGUAGAACAUUUGAUUAAAGAUAAAAUUGAAGUCAGGAGUUUGAAAGGACCAAAUGAUAAUGUGCAUCAACAAGGGUUGCCACAAUUGCAGGGUAAUCAAACUGUGCCAUAUUAUCCACCGCUGAAAGAAAACACUCAGGAAAAGCACAAAGAAGGUGGAGUUCAUAUUAUGCCUAAUUCAUCAGUUAUACCACCAGUACUUAGCACAUAUCAGCAGCCACAACAAUUUCAGCAGUCACAGCAGCAUAUAUGGCCAGCAAGAAACUACCACAAUACAACUGGUGUGGCACUCUCACAGUAUCAGUAUUCAAAAUCAACAAACUUGCAUAUUGCUCAAGGACAAAUGCCUGGACAAAAUCAAGGCACAAAUGCAUGGUCAGGUCCUUCAUCCAAUCACAUCUAUGACACAAACAGGCACGGAUAUGCACAACAAUUGCUAAGAACCCAGACUGAGAUGAGAAAUGGACACUCCCAAGCAAAAUCAGCUGUGAACAGGUGGAAUGCAAAUGAACCACUCCAGCAAACCCAAAAUGUAAUGCCUGGGUAUAUGCACUCUAAUCAACAAAUGACAUAUCAGCAGCCAACAGCACUGCCAAAUUCUACUUCAUGGGUUUACAAUCAACCCAGAUCUAACUGGACAAGUAGUACAGAACAGAGCAAUAGUAUUUCGGGACCAAUCAUUGAUUGUAGGUCUUCUAAUAGACAACAACAACAACAAGCACUUUUGCCACAACAGUAUCCUCCAGGUCAACCAAACCCUGGUUCAAUCCAAAGAAGUUCUCAGGGGAGUCUGUUAAGUGCAGACAUGAUUGUAGGAAGCCAAAGAAAUAGCAAUGAUGCGCCUAGAAAUACCUCGGGUAAUUUACAAACUCUGGGAGCAGUAGUAGAGAAUGCUAUAUCCAGGUCAUUUACACCCCCAUUACAGUUUUCUUCACCUCCUGAAGCUUGGCAGCAACGGGUAGCAGUUUCACCUGUUGAGGUACAAUCUGCAUCUACAGGUCAAUAUUUAUUACCUUCAUCCACAAAUUUAGAAACUCAGGGAUCAGUGGUUGAGAAUACUGCAUCCAGGAUACAAACACUCCCUGCACAGUCUUCAUCAUCUCAUGAGGCUUGGCGGCAGCCAGUAGCAGUUUCCCCUGUUGACGUACAAUCUUCAUCUACUGCUGAACAUUUAGUGCCCUUAUCGAGAGAUGCCCAGCAGAACCAACAUGAUUCUACAGUUACAAAUGACCAAACAAGAUCCGUUUCGGCUGCAAGAACAGUGUCGUCAUGUAGCACUCAAACUGUACAUAUCAAGUCUGAAUAUAACUCAGAGGUGCCCUGUGCUGGAGUAUCAAACAAAGUCGCAAGUUCUCCAAGAACAAAACCAGAUAUAAGACAUAUUCAGUCAGGACCAUUUGAUUCUUUAGGCAUUGACAAGACCGAAGGGGCUGUUUCUCUUGCUGACUUUGGCAGACAAUUUAACUCAUCUGUGGCCAAUCUGCCUUCUGCAGUUGAAAAUGAUUUCAUGGUAAAAGUUGAAAAUAAACCAAGCUGCAGUUCAACAGCAUUGGCUAUAUCAGGGAGAGAAGAAAAUAAUUCUCAAGAACCAGCCUCUUCACCUCAAAUAGACCUAGACAGCACAGUCCUUUAUGGUUGCAUAGAUGCAGAAAGUCCAAGGCCUGCUGUAUUCAAAAGUGGUCCAAAGCAUGCUUCCUCUUCUGACACAUUGAAUAUCAGCACAUCGAUAACACCAAUUUCAGGUAGCUUUUUAAAGGAUAAAGCCAUAACUCCGUGUUCUGCUAUCUCAAACAAUAGCAUCUCCUCUUGUGCUUCCAGUGACAAAGCUGUAAGAGAUGUGAAGCCUAUACAGGAUGUUGAUAGAAGAAACACCAAUACACUGAGUAACAUAGAAACUCAAAAUGGCCCGCAGAAUGCAUGUUCUGUCCUUACAUCAGACUGGAAGGAAGGAUCAUCCUCUCUAACUGACAAAAAUGACUCAAGUUCUUCCAUCAACAAAGGCCCAGCUGUUGAAACCCCAAAUGCUGAUACCACGGAUUGCUUACAUCAAAUUACCAUAAGUGAUGUUAGACACAUUUCUGAUGUAAAUGAUGUGAUACCAGACACACCACAGGAUAAAGCUCGUAGUUCUGGAGUAAAUAGUCCAUCCAGAGACAAUGCUGACACAGGUGCCACUGGUUUGUUGAACACUGACACUGAUUAUGUUUCAGAAGUGUAUAAUGUCAAAGUUACUGUCCCACCAAAGUCGAACAACCUGAUAUUGAUUUCAAGAGAGAUUGUUGAUUUUAGUGAUGAAGAGGAACAAGACUUCUCUGAAAAAGUGGAAAGUACUCCCAGGGCAAACACUGAUGUAGAUGACACUCAAAGUAAGGAAACUGAGAUAGUGCCUUGUACUUCAGUCAAAACUAGCUUCUUGGGCAUUGAAAAGACAGACCAUAAGAAGGAAGUUAGUAUACCAUUUGUUUCUCCGACUGACCCUUAUCUCCACCAAGAAGAAAAUGUUAAACCAUUAGAUAUCAAAAACCUUAAAGUUGAGGGCAAUUCAUCUGAAUCUUCAAGUGUCCAGUCUUUGGUGGUAGAAAACAUCAGGGGUGACAAGGAACAUGCAGCUACAUCAGCAACUUCAAUAUCACCAUCCAAUGUUGGAAAUGCACAAACAACCCCUCCAAUUAUUGUCAUUGAUAUCAGUGAUGAUGAAGUGGAAGAAGUAGAUGUGAGUAACAAUGCAAAGGAUCCUUCUGAUGUCUUACCCCAUGAAAUCCAUACUAUGGAUAUCUCGGAAGUGGACAGUGAGCCUGAAUACAUUGAUAUAGAUACAUUAAAUAUUCCAUCAAAUGACACGCCCUUACCAAAAGGAAGUCACCAGGCGGCUAGUUUGGAAAACGUAGAAACACCACAACCUGUGGUUCCUAGUUUUCACAAGGUAAUCAACCAGGAGACCUAUGUCACGGAGAUUAAACGAAAACAUGAUGAUAAGCAAGAUAAUGGUGGUAUCUCUCCUAGGAAGAAGAUGCUAUUAGACAAUGGACCAAUAUCAGAUAUCAGCCUCGAUUAUCAAGAAGCUGCUGAGACAUCUUCAGAGCACAUCAGUGCAUCCAGCAGGGUGAUUGAUGAAACUACGCAACCUGCCAAGGCCACCAAUUAUCUGCAAAUUUCUAGAUGUAGCCCAAAACUUCUUUUGGUGAAAAGAACAGAUGGCAAGUUAUAUAUAUGGAAGGAAAAAUAUUUCAGAGAUUCCCAUUCUGAUGUCUGUGCAGGAGCCUGGCUUCAAAGAUUGGAUGGCAGGCAAGAUGUUUUAGUUUUUAAAGAUAUGUAUAAUGGAAUAACACUGCUAAGUGGACUAGUAAAUCAUUUUAAAUGUACAUUAGAACAAUUGAAGGAAGUGUGCAUGCUGUUAGGAGCUCCUAUGCAAAACUUGGCAAGUUCAGAAUAUUUAAUGGCAAAGUAUACUGAAGACCUAAAGGGUGCAAAACUGGAUCUUGACCCAACCGCUGUAAGCCUGAAUUUUGUGCAACACCAUUACAAAACCAUUGCAGCUGGAGUGAAAUCACUAAAAGAAAGGUCUAGAACUAUUACUGAAGAAGGAUUUAAAUCUCAAGUCCAUAGUAAGAAAACCAAAGAGCAAGGAGUGGAAGUUCAAGAUAUGUAUAGAGAUGAAUCGUCUGCACAAAUGGAACAGACACCUGUUUCACCAAAGACAACUCCAGAUUCUCACUUAUUGCCACCUUCGAGAAUGGAGGGCGUGGAACAUACACCCAAAGAGAUUCAUUCAGAUGGUUCUCUUCAGUUUCCAGUACCUUCCUUGGAAAAGACCUUCAGCCAGAAUCACACUGUCCCUCCUACUUGCUCAGUAUCUGCCUUGACAAAUGCCUCUUCAGCACCAGCCCAAGAUUCUGAACAUAUUGGCACAGCGGCUUUGAUAGGUUCUUCCCAUAGCCACGAUGUUCACCGUCACAAUGCUGUAGAGAAACCUGAAUUGACCAGUAACUUAGGAAAUGAUUCUGUAGCUUCUCCAAAUGCUUCCUCAAUUUCAACAAGGGACCCUGUUCAUUCCCAAAUUGGCCAAGCUGGAAUUUGUGAACAACCCGAAGUCUCCCCAGCAGUCUUCACAAGUGACUCUGAAUAUAACUCCCAUCCUGCUCCUGUUGGCACAGCUGCUUUUGGAUAAAAACUUGGCACAGCACCCAUCUGUUACGUCUACUGAAAUGCCACCAGGUGAACUAAAUUUGGAUAAAAGAACCUUUAAAGGGGCAACUAGGCUCCCACAACAGAGCAAAGUUGUACCUGUUGACUCAUCAGCCUCUACUCACACUUCUCAACACAGCAAAUCAAUUUCCACUGGCAUCAAUACAGUAAAAGAAGGGCAUGCAGAGAAAGAGAUGGUGUCUGGAUCAUCUACAUCUUCGACCAGAACUAUUUCUAAAACAACUGUGAAAACUGGUGCUAGCCCUUUCAGGACUGAAGUAGCUUCUGUUUUCAAGAAACAACACAGUGCAUAAUUACAUUGCAUCCAGUGUUACUUCAAGAAAAAAAGUGGAAGACUAUUCAAAUUUGCCAGAAAGAAAAUUGAUUGUCAAAAUAUUGAAUGUCCCAUUCCCAUGUGUGGAACGUGGUAAUGAACAGUACAUAACUCUCCAAAGAUUCCAUAAGAAGUUCUUCCCCAACUUUAAAUCCAAUCAAGUCUUGAAAGCAUUAAAGGAACUUGGAGUAGUUUGUAGGCCUAUGUCCUUGAAAGAGCAGCGACAUGUAGAAAUGAUGACCAAAAAUGGCACAUCAAUAGGAAGUUGGAUGGUACAUGCCAGACAGACUAGUCUGGUCUUUCAUAAACUUGAUCACAUGCUAAGAAAUAGUCAGUGAGCUGUUAACAUAGGUGGAGGCCAGGGGAAAUUGAGUCCUUUUUUAUCUUUCACUUUGUGCAGAUUUGUGUGUUAACCAAUUGUUUACUUAAUAUAUGCAAAUAUUGUAUUUUUUGCAUUUACUGAAUUUGGUCACAGAUUAAAAGUAAAUCUUUGUACAGGAUUAUUUUGUAACUAGAACAAUGAGCAUUACGUUAGUGAUCAAUUUAUUUUUGAAUAAUGACUUACAUAAGCCUUCAUGGGACAGAUGUGAUAUUAUUUUUAUAAAGUUAAGUUUAUGUUCCUUUCAUAUAAAUAAACAUUGUAAUUCGUAAACAUCCAUUUAUAAAUAACAGUGAAGUGAUUUCCUAGAAAUUUUCAGUAUUAUGUCAAAGAUGAAAUACCAGAAGAUUGAAUUAUGUCAGAGCUUUGUUUUACAAGUAUUUUCACAAAUGCAAUUUUAAGAAUAUUGACCACUUUUUGUAAACAUCAAGAAAAAAUGGCUUAGUUUUACACGGGAAGGGUAUUACUUAUGUCUUCCAAGAAAGUAUUUUUCUCUUUUUAUGUGCCAAAGAACAUGCACAAAAUCAAAAAGAAAGUGCUUUGUUGCUUUUUAAUGGCAUUACUAUUUGAAAAAAAAAAAUAUUAAUGAUAUGUUUCCUUUGGUCAGAUUAACUUACACUAUGUAAAUGAGACAAGAAUAAACAUUUCUUUUGCCUUAA